AUGGAGCACAGCAGCAAUCGCCCAGAGGACUUCCCGCUUAAUGUGUUCUCUGUCACGCCUUACACGCCCAGCACCGCUGACAUCCAGGUGUCUGACGACGACAAGGCAGGGGCCACGCUGCUCUUCUCGGGCAUCUUUCUAGGACUGGUGGGGAUCACGUUCACUGUCAUGGGCUGGAUCAAGUACCAGGGUGUCUCCCAUUUUGAAUGGACCCAGCUCCUCGGGCCCAUCCUCCUGUCAGUCGGCGUGACGUUCAUCCUGAUCGCUGUGUGCAAGUUCAAAAUGCUAUCCUGCCAGCUGUGCAUGGAGAGCGAGGAAAGGGUCCUGGACUCGGACCCGACUUCCGGCGGACAGUCGUUCGUUUUCACGGGCAUCAAUCAGCCCAUCACCUUCCACGGGGCCACCGUGGUGCAGUACAUCCCUCCUCCCUACGGCUCUCAGGAGCCUCUGGGGAUGAACGCCGCCGCCUACCUGCAGCCCAUGAUCAACCCUUGCGGUCUUGUACCUUCUAGCGGAGCGCCGGCCACCACCCCAAGUCCCCCUCAGUACUAUACCAUCUACCCUCAAGACAAUGCUGCAUUUGUGGAGAACGAGGGCUACCCUCCUUUCGUGGGUGUUGGAAAUGACAGGCCCAGCUCUGAUCCUGACCAGCUAGAAGGGACGCAGAUGGAAGAAGAGGACUGUGUACGUUUCUCUCCUCCCCCCUAUGAGGAGAUAUAUGCCCUCCCUCGCUAGAGACUGUAACAUUAGGGAAUGGACAUUUAGGUCA